UUCACAGCGGCGCUUCCAAGGCGACCAGUAGUACCUCCCUGUCACCUUUCAUGAUAAGUUGGGAGCAGGAACUUCCCAGGAAGACUCAAGAUAAAGCGAACAAUAAAUCAACUGAUUAUUCCACCCUUGGAGGAACCUUCAGCCGCAGCACGCCCUUCAUGUGACACACACACAAGGGUUGAUCACAUUUUGAAGGAUAUACAAAACCAAGAGGUGUCAAGUUCUGCUACAAAGUGUUUUCUUCUGAACUCUAAAGAAAAUCCAGUCUAGAAUAGAGCAUUUGGACUGGGAGGGAUGCAGAUGAACGACUUUUGACUAUCAGGACGGUUACUUGGAGUCCUGCUCGGCUGUGAACUUAAGUGACGGACCAAUGUUUCAUUCCAAGAAGGAGAACCUACCUUCUCCCAUCCUGGAGGAUUCUUUCUUUCCCUUCUCUUCAUCACACUCUUCCUCCGCUCACCGGAUCAUGGCUCCUACAACGGGAGAAGAUGAUCUUCUCACCUCACCUCAGGAUGACAGCAGUCCUACACUGCUGGAGAAGGACUUGAUCUUGGCUGCUGAGGUGGGCCAAGCUUUGCUGGAGAAAAACGAGGAGCUGGCCGCUCAGAUAGAGCAGAUGGAAAGGGAGAUGGAGGCUAUGCAGCAGGAGAAACACAUGCUGCAGCGACGUCUGGAGGUGCGGGACCUCGAGGCAAGUCAGCGGGAAGCAGAACUGCAGGCUGACAUCACAGCGUUGCGUGCGCAGGUGGAACAAAAACACGUUCAGAGUCGCGACCGGCGUCGUGAGGAGAGUGAGCAACUGACUCAGCUGUCCAACCACAACCAGAAACUUGUGGAACAACUGGCAGAGGCAGUGGCAUUAGAGCAUACUUUGCGUACUGAGCUUCGUUCUUUGAGAGAAGAAAUGGAGGAUACAAGUUUUAGUAAAUCCAUAAGCUCUGCUAGACUGGACAGUCUGCAAGCAGAGAACAGGGUUCUGAAAGAGCGCUGUACUCAUAUGGAUGAAAGACUGAAUUCAACUCAAGAAGACAACCAUCGGCUGAGAUCUGAGAGGGAUGGAUUGAGAGAGAGGGUGAUUGAGCUACAGACCAGUCUGAAAGAUAAAGAAACUGAGCUGGAACAGGAGCACAGCACAGUGUUUCAGCUGCGCACGGUCAACCGUACCCUACAGCAAAGGGUUCAAGCCUUGGGAGAAGAGGCCAGUCUGGGGGAGGCUACCUGCUUCCCUUUGUCACUUCAGAGUGAGAUCCAGCAGUCCCAGGCUAAAGAAACUAUUCUGGCCCAUUCAGCCAUUUUGCAACAAAAGGAAGAAGAAAUUCAAAGGUUACAGAAUGAGCUACAAUCUAGAGAAACUGAAUUAGAAGAGCUGAGGGAGGAGGUGAAGCCGUUUCGUAACAGUCCUGGUAAACCUACUUACAGUGUCUUGGAAGAGGAGAUCACUUUGGCCCGACAAGAACGCGAUGCACUCAACCAGCAGCUUCUGAACACUAUCAGACACAAGGUGGCACUGUCUCAGGAAGUUGAGUCGUGGCAGGAGGAUAUGCGUCUAGUGAUAUGUCAUCAGGUUAAACUCCAACAACAAGAGAAGGAAAAGGAAAACAACAAGGAACAAACAGGCCUUCAAAGAGGCACCCGCGCCACCAAAUCACUGCGUGUACGUGGGGAAGAUGGAAGGAAAGGGUUUUUCUCCUCUUUGUUUGGGGGAGACUGACCGGAGGACAAAAAAGAAGGGGACAGGAAGGAAAGAGAAUACAAAAAUCUCACUUCUUUUUUCAACAAAUGUCAAAUAAUCAUUAAAAUCAUCCAAAUGUAAAUAGAAGGAAAUUAUAUGUACUC